GCUCUCCCAGCAGUUCCAAGAGCUCAGGGUAAGCCUCAGUCAGAGGUUGGUAUCAGAGACAGGAAGACAGAAUGCAGCAGGUUGUCGUACUCGCGCUCCUCUUGGGCCUCGUUUGCCUCCUCCAUGGAGUGCCCUUGCUUCCCGAACAUCUCUUCCCCACACAGGAGAACUUCGACCUGACUAAGUUCAUGGGGAAGUGGCAUGAUAUUGCGGUAGCGUCCACCUGGCCCUGGAUGCAGCGCCACAAGGGAGAUGCAGCCAUCGGAAUCCUGGAGCUGCAGGCCAGCGGCACCGAAGACAAAGUCAGCAUGACAAGGAGCAUGAAUAAGCACGGGACAUGUCAGCAGAUCUCUGGUGAUUACAAGCUGACCGACACACCUGGACGAUUCACCUACCACAUCGCCAAGUGGGGGGAUGAUGUUGAUGCCUAUGUGGUUGACACUAACUAUGAUGAGUACGCCAUCGUCAUGUUCAGUAAACAAAAAACAGAAGGCGAGAAGACAAAGUCUGCCAAGCUAUACAGUCGCACCAUGGAACUGUCACCCACUAUCCUGGAGGACUUCAGGAGGCUGGUGAGGGAGCAGGGCAUGGCUGACAACACAAUCAUCAUCAAACAGAACAGAGGGGAGUGUGUACCAGGAACAGAGCCUGUAGCAUCAGAGCCUCAGCCUGAGAUCACAGCACCGAGAGCCAAGAGGAACAUAGUCCUCCCUGAGUUGCCCGCUGAGGAGGGUUCUGGUGCCGGAAUCGUGAUGUUCAGGAGUGAAGAGUCCUGUAACGCCGAACCGGACGCAGGUCCCUGUUUCGGGAUGGUGCAGAGGUACUUCUACAACUCUACCAGUAUGGCCUGUCAGCUGUUCACCUACGGAGGCUGCAUGGGCAACCAGAACAACUUUGUGACCGAGAGGGAGUGUCUCCAGAGCUGUCGCAAUGAGGCUGCCUGUAGACUACCCAUGGAUUCUCGGCCCUGCACUGGACAGCCCAAGAUCUGGGUCUUCCACUCAAACUCUGGUCUCUGUCUGGAUAAUAAAAAGGACUAUUGCCAGGUCAACAGUAACAAAUUCUACUCAAAGAGGGAGUGUGAGGAGUACUGUGGGGUGAUGAAGGUACAGGAGAAGGGGAGUUCCUCAAAACAAACUAAAGGAGAUGAGAACACAGAACGUACAGCACAGAUCAACCAAAGAUCAACCACAGAACUUACAGCACAGAUCAAACACAGAACGUACAGCACAGAUCAGAUCAAUAUGUUGAUCAACAGUAACACACUAUGGAUAUCAUACAUUACCAUAGAGCACAAUAAAAUGAUGGAUGAACCUGCUUGGCAUCAUGUCUUAUGUAAACUUGAUCCUGACUUUGUGCUGUUGAGUUUAUAGUUUGUUUGGUUAACCGCCACCAACUGAAUGCAGAUGAUACACCCAUUCAUAGAUGUAAUAUAAAGGUAUAUAUUAGGGAAAGUUAUUGUUCAGCCAAAGAUAUACAAUAUACAAUAUACUGUAUUUCUUUUAAUGUGUAUUAUGGUGGGAUCUGAUGACCAGUGUAUGAGUAACCAGCAGAGGACGAUGUUGCUCCAUUUACAGUGACAGCCGUCUCCUAAAUCUCUCCUCCCCGUCUAGCGCUGCUCUGCUUGGCCCAACCAAGGAACGACUGGAUCGGUGCUAGCUUCCUGCUCCUGUUCCCAGAGUUCCCGGCUGCUCUCUGCGCUGCGUUCCGCCGGCCGUAGAAUGCUGGGAAUAUCCGGAGAGGAAAGGGGAACUGACAGCAUGGAGGGACCAUCUGUACAAGAGCACACCACCUGGUCGGACGGAGAGAGGUGGCAAACAAAUACACCACUGGGCCAGCUAGGGACUUUAGCACAGACAACUCUCACACAAAUAGUAGCACGUACACAUGGCUCAGUAGACCAUACAGUUUAACUUUCAGACAGAAACAAAAUACAAUACACAUUCCCUCUUAGAGUCAGAGACAAUGAUAUAUUCACCAAAAAGU